AUGACCGUCUUCAUCGCUUCUCUAUUUCUCCCUUACACCAUUGACUUCAAGACAACUGGCUCCAGAGGUGCUCGUCGCAGGUCUUCGCCCAGCCAUGGUGCUGUCGAUGGCUCUAACUCUGGUCCCAUUGUCGGUCGUUUACCUCGCCUCCGCUCUGGUAGCAUAGCGUUGACCCCCGGGGCGACGACCGAGGAUGAGAAAAUCUUCAAGGCUUACGCAUCACAUUUCGCCGAUGAGAUUUCUAUCGCUGAUGACCCGAAAGGACCUGGUCCUAGUGAGCCUCGUGCCGUACCCUGGGGUCGCAGCAGCAGAUUUAACCAGCCGCGUUCAACGGCAACUACACACCCAGAGCCAUCUAUCCUAAAUCGACCUUCAUUACGGACGGACUGGAAGGAUAGCUUUUUGGACGGUGCGCCCGGUCGGCCAACUCCGGAUCAGGCAGAGAGUCCUCGUGCACUACUUUCCGCCGUGGACUGGGCUGUCAAGGCUGCAGAGCAAGGUCAUGGCGGCCUGCAGAACGCCGUACAUGCCGCCGAGGAAGCGGGGGUCCUGCAGAGCAAGAUGUGGGUUGGCACGCUGGGCAUGCCAACUGAUUCCCUCCCGGAAUUGAUUCGAAAUGUCAUCGACGAGACUCUUCUGGAGGACUAUGAUUCUUUGACGGUGUUUGUGGGUGACAACGAGUUUGAAGGGCACUAUGCUCAUUUCUGCCGUGCAGUUCUAUGGCCGGCCCUUCACUACCAAAUGCAAGAAAGUCCCCGGCAUACGGAUUACGAUGACUAUUCAUGGAAACAGUAUCUGAAAGUGAAUGAGGCGUUUGCCGACGCAAUCGCCAGUCGCUGGAAACCGGGAGACCGAAUUUGGGUGCAUGACUACCACCUUCUGAGCUUGCCCGCGCUUCUGAGGGCUAGACUGCCUCAUGCGGAGAUAGGCUUCUUCCUACACACACCCUUUCCCUCGUCUGAAGUAUUUCGCUGCUUGAAUCCACGGGAAGCUCUGCUGGACGGUCUUCUCGGCGCAGACCUCAUUGGGUUUCAGACUGAAGAAUACUGUUACCAUUUUCUGCACUCUUGCAGCCGAAUUCGAAAGCUGGAGGGCCCAGGUGACGGGGUCCGGGUCGGAAAUCGGUUCGUCCGUGUCAAAAAAUGUCCCUUGGGUAUUGACUACAAGUCAUUGAACCUGCUACGUCAAUCAGUCGAAGUCAAAGAAUGGAUCGGCAGUAUCACCAAUCGGUACAGGGGGAAGCACUUGAUUGUCGCGCGAGACCGAUUGGAUGCUCCUGGAGGAAUCAAGCAGAAGCUCCUGGCAUACGAGCUCUUCCUCAAAACCUACCCCAAAUGGCGGGAAAAUGUUGUUCUCGUUCAAGUUACCUCGUCAGCCUCUGAGAUUCCAGAGCUAGAAGCCCAGGUCUCCAAGAUUGCGAUGCGCAUCAACUCGGUCUAUUCCACACUCACCCACCAGCCUCUAGUCCUCCUACAACAGGAUAUUAGCUACUCGCAAUUCCUUGCGCUCCUCAGUGUUGCCGACAUCUUUAUGGCCACCAAUCUCCGCGAGGGCUUGAACCUAACAAGCCACGACUUUAUUCAUUGUCAAGACGGCGAGAUGGCUUCUCAACAGCAUGGAUCCCUGAUCUUAAGUGAAUUCACUGGCAGUGCGUCGAUUUUCCGGGGGCAUGAGCUCCUCGUCAACCCAUGGGACUACAAACGAUGCGCCGAAGCCAUCAAUAAAGCACUGGAUAUGUCACCGGAGCAAAAGAAGCGUAACUGGCAAUAUCUUCUCGACUGUAAAACACCGUACACCGCGUUGGCCUGGUUCUCAAAUUUGCAGUUCGCCCUCACAGAAUCUCGCAGCUUGCAACAGCCUCACCAUACAAAUGCCGUCUCUCCACUCCAAGUUGACGCCCUCCUAACCUCUUACAACACAGCCGAGUCUCGUGUUCUCUUCCUGGAAGACGAUGCUAUAAUUCCCUCAAACACCGACAGUUCCUCUUCUGAAGCAAUUCAUACUCUACAUAAACUAGCCCUCGACCCGAAGAACAUAAUCUACCUAACCAGCAAUCGCAGCCCCGACCAGCUUGGUCUUACCUUCAAAUCACUUCCGGCACAAAUUGGGCUCAUCGCAGAAAAUGGCUGCUUUGCAAAACUUGUCAACACAACCGAGUGGGAAGCCCUUUUCGACGUUAAUCGAACCCGCGACUGGCACGCCGGUAUCAGAAAGGUAAUCGAACAUUUCCACGAACGCACUGAAGGUAGCGCCAUCGAAGAACGCCGGUGCUCACUGACCUUCCGCUACGAAAACGCUGUCGACCAGGAAUUAGCAGCUCGUCAGGCAUCCGAACUAGCCGAUCAAAUCAAAAGGGCACGAUGCAGUGAAGAUAUUCGCGUCGUUCGUGACGCUGGCUCCGUCAGUGUUGAGCCACUUGAUGUAUGUAAAGCUGUUGCCGCCUCCAUGAUUCUAGAUCAGAAGUCCCGUGAAAGUUUCCCGGACUUUAUCUUUGUGGCUGGUGGUUCUAGGGAUGACGAUGCUUUGUUUCGGUGGGCUAAUAGCCUGACACUUUCUUCGUCCAGCUCGUCUGUUCCAGUUACUAUUGCGGUGACUACUUUGGCUACUAGUGCGCGUGUUACUGAAGCGAUAUCUGUCUUGCCGGUUGGCUGGUCCCUGUCGGAUGUUUUACAGUCAUUGUUAUUCCCAGAUCAGAAGCCGGGUGGUGAGGAUGAGGACAUUCAUGUUAAGAUUGAUGACUAG